AUGGUUCGUGGCAAAAAGAUUGGACUUGGUGAGUUUUUAGGUGAUCAGGCAGCUGCCUACAUUCCUGAAGCGGCAUUACCUUCUGGUCCACGUGCACGUGCCGACGAUGACGAUGGAAAUUAUCGUGGAGGCCGUGGCGGCGACCGUUUUAGUGGCGACCGGUACGGAGAUCGCGAGCAGACGCGCAGUGAUCAAUCGGAUCAAUGGCGAGGCGAUCGUGGUGGACGUGGAGGAGGAAAUGAUCGGUUUGGUCGCAACGAAGAAAGCAGCGGUGGCGCUUGGCGUGGCGGCGGUGGCGGCGGUGGCCCAUCACGUUAUGAUCGUCCAUCACGUGACGAUUUUCAAGCUGAGGAGCGGCCGGCACAUAUGAGACUGAACUUGGCACGUCGUGGUGAAGGCUCAAGUGAUGUACGAAACAAUAGCGGUGGUGACAAGUGGUCGGGUGCCUUUGCCGGCCGCUCUGGACGUGACGACCGGGCUGGUGACCGCUCGGGUGACCGCUUUGGGGACCGCUUUGGACGUAAUGAUCGGGGAGGUGGCGACCGGUUUGAGAGUGGAGGCCGCGCGACUGGACGCUUUGCUCACGGUGGAACUGACGUUUCGUCGUCGUUUUCGAACAUGCGGGUGAGUGCUCAGCAGCAAGAACAGACGCCAGAGCCAGAGAUGUCGGACAAGAAGGUACGUGCCCAGCAGAAGCGUGAGGAGCGCAAGAAGAAAGCUGAGGAAGAGAGGGUCGCUGCUGAAGAGGCCAAACGUGUGGCUGCUGAGGAGAAAAGGGAAGCAGAGGAGGCUGCGGCCAAAAAAGCUGAAAUCGACCGGGAGACUAUGAAGCAGGUACUCGAUAGUGGCAAGAAGGGCGAGGAACUGGCGGCAGUUGCUAAGGACCUUUUCGCUAAGAACGGACGUCCGUGUGGCGCUGUGCUUUUCGAGACUGUGACGGCGGCUGCAGAGGACGUUGCCAAGUCGAGCGCUAACUGGAUCGCCAUGCCCGCGUAUGGUGAAUUGCUGAAACUCGGUAUGGAGGAGUCAGACAAGAAGGACCAAAUGGAAGCGUUGUACGCCUUGCAGGUUUUCUUGAACAAGCAUGACUUACCCAAAGGUCUGCUUGAGAAGUGUUUCAUGGCCUUGUACAGUCUGGAUAUCAUUGACGAAUCGGGAUUCUUCGAAUACAAGUACGACGUGGACGGAGACGUUCCUGGUCGUAUGAAGGCUAUUGUCCAGACAUCGGCGUGGCUUAUGUGGCUUGAGACGCCUGAAGUGGAGAGCGACAAGGACGACGAAGAAUAG